GUUCAAUGGAGUAAAUCGAUCCUCUUCGAUGCAAUUUAUCCGAAAUUAAGGCCCGAAACAUUAAUGCUACAUCACUUUUUAAAAUAUUUGUAGGCGUUAAAUGGAUAGCUGAAUGGCACAACGGCACUUUCCAUUUCGCGCAUCCUUAAUUUAAAUUAUUAAUUAAUAAACAGAAUAUUUUAUCUUUCUAAACCUUGGUGCAAAUGCCGGAGAUUCGAGAACAGACUCGACUUUUCGUUUCUAUAGCAACGUCACCCCGAGAUAGUUACCGACAGAUGGCGCAACGCGUCGUAUUUCCGGAAUGUUCCAGACUGUUCGUAGCUUUGUAUAUAAGCCGCGAGUAGAGUCGGACGAUCAAACUCCACUCGAGUGUCGUCAAGUGCAAAUCUCGUCGGAAAUGAAACCCGUUUGUAGUUUGGUUCCCGUUCUGCCCAUCGACGACUGCUGGGAUCUUGAGGAUCUUCCUCGUCGACUGUUUCGUCGUUUGGAUUCCUUCGACGACGACUUCUGGAUGCCGUCUUUCUACCGGAAACGCGUCAUCGGACGUCGACGUAACAAUUGCAAGCGUAAAUCGAGCUGGAAAGCGGCGAAAGUGGUCGACGGCCAAGAUGGGUUCCGGGUGACGACCGACCUCCGUCACUUCACCCCGGAGGACGUAACUGUCAAAACCGUGGACAAUUGCGUGGUGAUCCACGCUAAACACGAAGAGAGGAUGGACGAAGACGGAUUCGUAUCCAGGGAGUUCACCCGAAGAUACGUUCUUCCCGACCAAGUCGAUCCCGAUGAGGUGACGUCGUCGUUGAGUCCCGACGGAGUAUUGACCGUAGAGGCUCCCAAGAAGUGUCAACAGUUGCCGUGUAACGAGAGGAUAGUUCCUAUAACUGUAGAAAAACAGUUGGAGAGCGGCGAAAAUCUGGACGACGCUCCCAAAGAAUAAUUCCCGUAAUUGCGAUGAAUAUGUAGAUAUUUCGCGCGCUUUAAGUGACUUUUGUAUAGUUUGUAAAUAUUUAUUUCUAAUAAAACAGUGAAAUUUUAAUAAGGUGAAA